AUGGAUACUAUAGGAGCAUUAACAACUAGCCGAACAAAAUGGAGGCUGAACAUUUUAAUAACUUUAUACAUACUCCUUUUCACACAAUGCAGAGGAGACACGAGUCAUGAUAUAACCAAAACAGAUAUAAAAUUAGAUAAUAAUUUAGAUUCUAUCCACUGCCAUAGCUGUUAUAAUAAUAGUCCUACAGAAUCCCAUGUAGAAAAAUUUGUUGAUGUUGUAGAUGAUAUCGUGGGACAACUGAACACAUUCACUGAUAAACAUUUAAAUUUAAAUAAGACAGUAAUAUAUUUAGAGAAGGCUGUCGAAGAUAUGCUUGAUAGAGCACUAAGUAAUGAUAGAUUUAAGAUACUUGAUGGAGUUGAAGUGAAGCCUGUUGGAGGUAAUGAUACUAAAAUUGAGAAGAAAAGUGAUGAAGCUAGAGCGUUGUUUAGUAAAUAUACUUAUGAGUAUAGAAUGUAUCAGAAGAUAAAGGAUUUUGUUAAUACACAUAUUCUUUCGAUCAACCUGCCGAUGGCCGCUAAAUCGUUCGGGUUAAACAAGUUCUUCAUACCGAUUUUAAUAGGAGGACAAGUGUUAAUAAAAACAAUACUGUUUGCAAUGUUCCUGCCUAGCAUAUUGGGAAGCUUCGGGAAGAUGCUGAGCAAAGGUCUAUCCACAAUAUCAGCAUCGUCAUCCCAAGCCAGUUAUCCACCUGCUAAUGUGGAUGAUCAGGUUGGAUACAACUCGGACAACAAGGACUUCAUGGGUUACGAGACCAGUCAAACUGGAACCUAUGCUUACCCUCAGGAUGGCAUGUAUGGAGCUGAUGCUAAUGACGUCAAUGACCUGGGAAAUGUUGAUAUGUCAAGGUUUGGAGUGGACGGACAAAAAACAGGGUUCCUACCUUCAAAGAACAGUUAUUACAAGAAUCAAAUGAACACGGCUAAUAAUUAUAAGGUGUUCCAAAAGAUUCCAGCCUCCUCAAUGAUCCUGAGUAACUACGAUCCGUUCUACUCCCCACUGUUGUCACGACUCGACGGCAUAUUUGCACGACUUGGUUUGGCACCAGCAGAGAAUUCAGUGGAUGAAAACAUCGAAGCUUGCAGAGAACAGCUGAUCUGUUUGAUGUACGCCAGCCCAGCCAAAUUUGCGCCAUACAGCAAUCUGGUCUCUGCUCAACUUAGCAGAGAACUGAACGAGCUCCGAAGGCCAGUUUCGGACAAUCCUGAGAUUCUGCGCUUCUUUAAAUAUAUGAAGGCAGCGAGACGAGGGCAGGAGACAUCAGACUGUAUGUACGCCUACCCGACGUGUACUGCCAACGCUCCAAAGACGCAUACUAUGAUAGCAGCCUACCACGACAUCAAUAAAUUAGUCACUGCUAGAAAACUACACAAGUAA